ACGAGCUCAACGCAUCACGAUGACUGCACGAUAACAAGCUGCGCUCAACAGGCACAAAGACCAGAUCUGCUCCUCGGCUCGAGACUAUCAAAGAUAUCCAACAAAUCAUAGAAAGUCACCCCGCGAUGUCUUCUCGACGCAGCGCAACGCACACUGCCGGCGCAACAUCCUCUAGCAGGCAACCUCCUACAAGCAUGGCUGGGCCAUCCACCACCACAGAGACUGGCUCGCAUGGGACGAGUCCACGACGGACCCAACCACUCGCUAUGAAACAUGGUGCGCGCACAAAAGUAGAAGAUAAUCAUGGAAGUCCUGCAUCCACGGCAACGGCGACACCUACGACGACCACCAGCACGACGAUGCGCAAUGAUCGCUCUACAGGUGUGCGCUAUGCAUCGUCUGCUGAUUUUCUAUCACCAACGAUGCGUAGUUCAUACAAGUCAGAGACAUUCGACCUGUCCAUGUCGCAUGAUGGGUAUGGCUACCAUGUGGGUGGCAUGUCUCCCUCUCCUGUGAUUGUGACGAGUAAAGCAACUGGCUUUGCAUGGAACCGGGAUGUGUUUCUUUCGCGAUGGGGACAGGAGCGUGCUGGGCUGGAGGAGGACUAUGGGAGUGCACCUGGACAUGGACAGCGCGUUGAGGCGCAUGAGAUUAUCCUGGACGACGAGGAUUUGAUGUUUGGGGUGUGAGUGGUGUGUCAGUCAUUUUAGCGUCUGCGUCUGUCUCUAGCUCUGUUACUACCUCUCUAGCUCUACUAGUCUCUGCUAGUCUCUACUAGCCUACUAGUCUAUCUAUGUUUUGCUGCCAUUUCCCGCUUAUGUCAGCAUCCCGCGCAUUUCUCGGCGUCUCCUCGGGCAGAGAACAGAUAUAGACUGCAGUACAGUACACAGCAUA